CUUCAAGAGAUCAUGACAGUCAUGGUGGACCUAGUUAUGAUGGAUCAAGAGGCCAUAGUGGUCAUGGUGAAUCAAGAAGCUGUGGUAGUCGUGGUGGAUCAAGAGUUCGUAGCAGUCAUGGAGGUUAUGGUGGUCAUGGUAGAUCAAGAGGUC